AGUUGUAUCAUAUAUCUACGUGACUUGUCAUGUGACAGUCAAGUAAGGUCUUAACGUUUCUUUUGCAUGUCGUCCGCUCGUAAUAUUUCACAAAUCACCACUAUAUUAUCUGUACUUCGGAUCGUUUGCUGUUAUGAAAAGGUUGUGAUAUGGUCGUCGUGAAAGAUGGGCGUGGUCUAAAACUGGUCAGACUGCUCCGAAGCUCCCAGGAGAAGGUCCUGAAUGUAUGACAGUACAAACCUUCACCAAUUGUCGCCGAGGCUCAACUCUUCUUGGACUCCGCCGUCUGUGCCCUUUGCCCUCACGAAAAACAAAAGGACUCAAUCAGAGCUACAGAAGAGUUCUUCGGCCAGAAUCCUACAGAAGAAUUCGAAGACUAGAUAACAGAAAUGGGGAGAUUUUGUGCCAGCAAGGCCCCUCAGGCUGUGGUUGCCGUCUGUGUUCUCGUUGGUCUACUUUACGUAUUUCCCCCAUUGCACCAAGACGUCACGUCAGUGGAAUGGCCGCUACAGGGCAGAGACCCACAUCAGGAUCGACCAGAGUACCUCAGACGGGUACCGAACCCGCAUCCCUUCACUUUCACCUUAAAUAACCCCGGUAAAUGUAAAGGAGAGGAUGUUUUCCUUCUCAUCAUUGUCACCACGCCACCCGAGAGCAAGGCGCAGAGACAGGCUAUCCGGAACACCUGGGGGGACGAGAUUAACAUCCCGGGAAUCGGCGCCAUCAGAACCAUCUUCGCAUUCGGCGUGAGCGAUGAUGCAGGGAUCCAGCAAACUCUUCAAGACGAGAACGAGAUGUUCAGAGAUAUCAUUCAGGAAAGCUUCACAGACGCACCUCGCAAUGGCACCCUUAAGACAGUCAUGUGUUUGAAAUGGGCCUUCCAGUUUUGUCCCAAUGCCAAAUACGUCAUGAAAACGUCACCAGACACCUUUGUGAACAUCUUCAGCCUGGUCACAUACUUGAAAGGGUUGCCUGAAUCUGAAGCGAGCGAAUUAAUGCUCGGUUGGGUCAUCACUGACAAAAAGCCUACUCGCGACCCAAACGGUCCGUGGAAAUAUUGGUACGUACCGAACGACGUGUUUCCCGGCGACACGUUUCCACCGUAUGUCUGGGGCUUCGCCUACGUCAUGUCCAACGACAUGCCGUGGCUUCUGUACGAGACGUCUCUGACCACAAAGUACUUAUUCAUGGCAGACAUUUACCUGGGGAUCUGUCUGGAGAAGCUGGGUAUCGCUCCCCGCCAUCACAGCGGCUUCUGUCAUUAUGACGUGAACAUUAACUCCUGUGGGUUUGAGUGGUUGGUGGUUUCACGCGGGGCUGGGAAUCCGGAGAAAAUGACAAAGUAUUGGAAAGCUCUUACAUCGAAAUGCUACUAGCCGGACAGCCAAUGUUUUUGUUCCCUUCUUGUAGCUCUUAAUACCGUUAAAAGGUGAUGAAAUGUUGCUUGGAAUUAGGAGAAUAUAUUGGAUCAAUGAGUCGUUUUAUUGCACUUGUAAAAAAAAUUCUUUUUCAUCAGCGCUUCUCUGCAGUCACCUCCAUUAGAAACGGAAAACAUUGUACCAAGGAGGCUUUUUUUUCAACCUCCUUGAUUGUACAGUACAUGCAACCAGAGAACUACAACUAGACAAUGUCAAAGUUAAACAAUGAAACUAAAUGCUGACUGUAGAAUUACAGAAAUGACUCCAACUUGAAGGAAUGAAAUCAUUUUUAUUCUUCGAAAAGGAAAAAUCAAAAUCUGCCUUUGGCAUAUUAGGAGGUUCAUAUUCCUGGCAAGUAACUUCCCUCCAAGAAAACAUAACAUAUCUUGAAAUCUCUUACUCUACUGUCCAUUCUGAGACAUCAACAUAAAACAAUGAAUACUAGUCUAACUUACAAAUUAAUCAAUUCAGGGUGACUUUCCCUAACUUUUAAACAAAACUUCCAACAAUCAGUCAUAACAAUAGACUUGCAUGCUAUAAGUAUUAAGUAUCCAUUCACUCUGAAGUAAGUACCAAUAAACAACUUACAAGCUACAUUAAAAUCUGCUAUUCGUGACAGUUGAGAUAAAAAUUUGUCUAAUCACUUGGUCCAAUGACAAUGACUUCAAAGCGAACUAAAACACAU